CGACAGCCGAUACAUUGAUCUGCUGACUAGCGGCACUGACGUUCGGUGAGGUCUGACGUUGACGCAGCUCCACAGAGGUGGCCACUCUUGACGGAAGUUAUAAGCGCUCGCCACCAUGGCCUGCUUCUCCGCCACUCGUCCCCAUUCUCGACCAGCACUCGACAGCACACACAAUGUACCUCAACCCGGCCCUUCUUGCGAGGGACAGCCUCGACACGAACCCGCCCGUCGGCGUGGUGGCGUUCCUUUCGCGCAACGGCUCCAAGUGGCUCUGGGCUGUCACGGCCAUCUACAUGUUCGCACUCCUUGGCUUCAUGGCCUGGGCCGCAACGGUCAAGACGGCGAACAAGGGGUUCCGGCGGGGUGGCCGCACCGGCGCCGGUGUCGGCGACACGUCUCACACCGGCAUGACCGGCACUCACACUGGGAUGACCGGCACGGGCACUCACACUGGGAUGACCGGCACGGGCACCGGGAUCGCCACCAAUGACGCGUACGAUGACUCGGGUGUUGGCGCUGGUGCGCACGUCGGUGGCGUUGGUGUCGGCGCCGAUGCCGGCCACCACGACGGCAUCAAGAAGUACCACAACAUCGCUAUCAUGAUCCUCGCCCUCGGCGCCGUCGCCUACUUCCUUAUGGCGUCCAACCUCGGCUACACCGGCAUUCUGACCGAGUUCGACAACCACACCCCGGCCAACGUCUCCCGCCAGGUGUGGUACGUCCGCUGGGUGUACUACAUCCUCACCAUGCCCCUCAUGACGUUGCUCUUCGCGCUUCACGCCCGCGCUCCGCUCUCGGACCUGCUCCUCGCGUGCUUCAUGGGCGCCGCAUGGCCCGCAGCCCUCCUCAUCGGUGCCCUCAUCCGCACCUCGUACAAGUGGGGCCCAUUCGUCUUCGCCGUCGUCUUCUUCGUCUACAAGAUGUACCUCCUCGCUGUGCCGUGCCGCCGCGUCAGCAGCUCGACGUACAUGACCAGCCUCGGCGUCUUCUUCCUCUUCGGCAUCCUCUACCACAUCGCGUGGGGCUGCUCUGAGGGCGGCAACGUCAUCAGCACCACCAGCGAGAUGGUCUGGUACGGCGUUCUCGACCUGCUCUUUAAGCCCUUCUUCCUCGCCUACUUCCUCUUCGCUGUGCGCAAGGCCCACACUGGCCGCAUGAAGAACCGCCACGCCGGCACGGGCGUCGGCACGGGUGUCGGCACCGGCAUGACUGACACCACCGCUGGCACGCAUGCCUCGCCCCGCCUUGGCAAGAAGAUGUUCGGCCGCCGCGGCCACCACGACGCUCCCAUGACCGAGAAGCCCGUCGGCACCGGCAUGACUGGCACCGGACCGAUGGCUACCGGCACCGGCCCUAUGGGCACGGGCACUGGCACCGGCAUGAUGGGCGGCACCGGCACCGGCGUCGGUCACACUGGUGUCGGCCACACCGAUGGUGUUAACACGGGUGUGGGUGGUCUCGGCCACCACACGGGUGUGCGGGAGGCCAACCCCCGCCUUUCGGAGCAGACGGCCGUCUCGGAUCACCGUCACCUGUAGGAACACCAUUCGAGCAAAAGUUUAUGUUCGUUCGCCACCUAAUACUUAAUACCUGAACAUAAUGGCGAUAGCGUAUAACCUAUUUCGUUACUACUUUAAUUAAGAGUAUGAAAGAAGAAGUGAGAAGCG